AUUAAACGACAAAUAAAAAGAGAAAUCUUUUUAUCAGUAAGACGAAGCGGUCUGAAUAAUAAAAAUUAUAAGAGCGAUUUGUUUAGCUAGAAAGAUACCAAACAAAUAAAUCAGUAAUAAAAGAAAUUUGCUGUCAUUUCACAAUUAAAACAAAGCUGGGACAUUGAAAACGAAUCCGGUGUAAAAUGAUUACAGAGGCGAUUCGUUUCUUCAGAAAAAUAGCAUACCAAAAAAAUAAUUCACUACUAAUGCAAAGUAAAUAGUAGGAAUAAAUCGAAAUCGAAAUGAAUCGACCGAAAAACUGAAAAAAUUGCAAUUCAAAGAAUAUUUCCAUUGAAAAUAAAUAAUAAUCUGCUGUCGGUGUAAUGAUGGAAAACUAAAUAACAAAAAUAAAUCGUUUAAUGAAAAAAUCGGUAGAUAUUGCAAUAUCUUUUUACAGUUGCGAUUUUUGUUGAAUUUUGUAGUGGUAUGGAUACAUUGGAUAGUGUAAUAAAUAGGUGUUAGAAAGCCGUUGAGAAGCUGACAAAACACUCGGGAAAAACAAAGCCCAUGGAGGAUCUGCUGGAGUGGCUGAACAUCGUGAACAAUGGCCACUCAGCGCUUUUUCUUAACAACUACCGUUAACACCGCCGCGUCAGCACCGACAGCUGACAAUUUAAUUUCUCAAGAAAAUGGCCAACGAAAAAUUCGCUAUUAACUGCCGGCAAACGGCCCUCCACAUAAAUUAUGCGCAAUCGGUGUCCGUGUUGGCCCAACCGAUUUUCAAACUGAUCAUCCAUUAACAGUCAAUUCACUGUGAUUUGCAUUCGUCACUCCGGCUGCCAAGUGGCCGCAUGUUAAUUGUUGCAACUUGCACACACGGUGACACAAUCGCCGCAUUUUCUCGCCACUGAUUCCACUUCCGGCGGCGCCGUGCCAGCCCGGACUAUACAAGCCGCAUCGGCACUGACCAGUGCAAAACACCAUUCAUUUUUCAGUGUAAAUUACCGGCACUCACAUUUUUGUUUGUCGUGUUUGAUUUUUAUUCGGUAAAAAAAUGUUGGAUUUAUUUUUCUGGUGUGUAUCGGUGAUGCCGGUCGUGUGGGGCUACGGCGCCCUGCAGGGGAGCUACGCGCGCGCCAAUAACGCUUUAUCGCAGGGGAACAACCCGGGCAACUAUCAGUUCCUGUCGCUGAGCGCCGCCGGCAACCGGCAGUACAACAACAACCCCAACGCCUUCGUCCCGAGCGGUCAGCCGCCCAUCCGCAACGGCAACUUCAACGCCAUCCUCAACAACCUCAAACCCAACCAGCCCAACAACAACCAGCCGGGACGCCCGGUCUUCCCGCCGCCCCUGGCGGGCGGCCAGCCCGGCGCCCCGCCCUCCCAACCGGCGGCCCUCACUGGCUUCGGCCAACCGACGCCCGACAACACCGGCAGUAAGGGACUGCAGCAGCCGCAGUCGGGCAUCGUCCCGCCCAAGGCCAUUUGUGAGUGUUAUAUCGGGACGUUGGUGGGUAACGCCAGCCGCGAUCUAAUGGACCUCGUGCUGCCGUUCGGGACGUCGCGCACCCUGACAACGCCGCGGACGGACACCACCUGCCGCGAGCUGGAGAGCCAGUGUGUGCAGCACUGCCGCAUCCAGCAGGAAUCGUGUUUGCCGCAGGGACUGCGCACCGUCGUCCCGGGACAGUCGCCCAAUAUCUCCUACGGCAGCUACGCGUGCAAAACCGUGACGAAGGAGGACGUCCGGCGUCCGGCCGGCAUCUUCUACUCGAUGGAGGCGCUCUUCUGCAAGGACGAGGGCUUCAUUAGCAGCCUGAGCGACAUGUACUGCUGCAUGGACGUCGACCACCCCUUCCUGGAAGGCGAGAAGCUGCGCCUCUUCAGUCCCAACUGCACCGCCACCUUCAACACCUCCGCCACCGCGCCGACCGCCCCCGGAGGCGGGUCCACCUUCAGCACGAAGGCUCUGACCACCAGCAACGUCACCACCGAGGCGCCCAUGGUCAUCGGCACCAUGAAUGCCUCGGCGGUGAAUCAAUCCACCACCGCCUUCGUCUUCACCCUCCCGAGCACCCCGGCCUUCGGAAACGAGACCGGGACGUGGACCACCACCUCCGGGGUUCCUGGAACAGUGUCCGGAAGUGGAGCACCGACCUGGGCGGCGGACACCACCACCUGGUCGCAGUUUUCCACCUCCGGGCCUAAUUUUUCCACUUCCGGUUGGGAAACCACCACCGGGCCACAGUUGUCGACCUCCGGGAAUAAUUUUCCCACUUCCGGUUGGGAGACGACUACCUGGUCACAAUUUCCGACUUCCGGAUCGAAUUUUGCGACUUCCGGGUCCGGGAUCUCCACCUGGCCGCCGUUCCCCAGCUCCGCGGGCAUUCUAACCACUUCCGGUUGGGAGACGACCACCUGGGCGUCCAACAACGCCACUUCCGGCGCCCCGCUAGCCCCCGGGUCGGAUACUUUCGUCACCACCCCGCUUUCGACCCCGGCGGCCAUGUUUUCGGACGCCGGGAGCUCCGGCCCGGUCCUGACGUGGACCUCCGACGGCGCGUCCAGUUCCGGGUUCGACGAGACCACCACGUUUGCCUCCCCGACGGCCAACGUCCAGCUGUCCCUCACCAACGGGCCCAUCUCCAUGAACAUCAACAUCUCCGCGCCGCUGAAUACCACCGACGCCUGGACCACCGGAAGUCCCGCCUGGACCACCGGAAACCCGGGGUUCUCGAACUGGGAGACCACCACGAGCUUCCCCAACGCCGGAUUCCAGACUUCCGGGAACGCUGGCUUCCAGCCCGACACCACCACCGCCUUCCCAUUGUGGACCUCCGCGGCGCCUUGGACGUCGACCAGCGGAUCUUGGGGGGACACCACGACCUUCGGGAACUUCCAAAAUAACUGGGGGACGUCCGCGUUCCCUGUAAACAGCGACUGGACCACCGCCACGGGCGGUGUUGCUUUCAACCCGGAAACCACGACCUUUCCCAGUAACACCGGAAGCGGAAGUGGGAACUUCGAAACCACGACAACGGGAAAUUGGGGAGUGGCGACCGGAAGUGGUAAUAACUGGGAAACCACAACGUGGGCGACGGUAGCCAGUAACCAGGGCUCCGGAAACGGGAACUGGGAGACGACGACGUGGCCAACCGGAACCGGAAGUGGCGGUUUUAACGCGGAAACGACCACGUGGACGACUUCCGGGGGCGGUUGGACCAACGCCAAUCAGGACCUCUCGGGCAGCAUGUCCGGCGGGUUCAACCAAAACUCGGGCGGGGGCACUUUCGACACGACCACCUCCAGUUUUAUUGCGCCACAGUCUUUUAAUUGAACACCUGUCUUUUCAGUGGUUUUGUGAUGUAGUUGGGUUUUUGUGUGUCAUAAUUAGAAAAAAAUCAAAACAAUACGAAAA